AUGUUAGACAAAUUUAUAAGUGACUAUAUCGUCCAUUUCUAUGGCGCUGUUUUUGCACGAAACAAAGUGUGUAUGGUCACCGAUUAUGCGCCAUUUGGGUCUUUACAGGAUUUGAUGAAACACACAACUUCGAGUGAAAUAGAUAUGAAUUUACGAGUGAAGUUUUGUCUUGACACUUCAAAAGGAAUUUUGUAUUUACACACAAACGGUAUUUUACACAGAGACAUUAAGCCAGACAACAUCUUAGUGUUUACUUUGAAAACAAAUGAAACUGUAAAUGCAAAAUUGACUGACUUUGGAUCAUCAAGAAAUAUCAAUUUACUGAUGACUAACAUGACAUUCACAAAGGGAAUUGGAACACCAAGUUAUAUGGCACCUGAAGUGUUAAAAAAGGAAAAAUACAAGAAGGCUGCAGAUAUUUUUUCGUUUGGAGUGACUAUGUACGAGUGUGUUGGGUGGUGUGAAGCGUAUCCAAAAGACGAAUUCAAAUUUCCUUGGAAAAUAGCCGAGUUUGUUAUUUCUGGCAAGCGUGUAGUCAAAUGUCCAUUAAUGAGUAAUAAAAUCUUUAAUAUCAUCACUGAGUGUUGGAAGCAAAACAUGAAUGAGCGUCUUAAAAUUGAAGACAUUGUUCACUACCUUGAAUCAUGUUAA